CCCUGUUACUCCUAGCAAAAUUCAUAAAUCAUAUAUAGUAUUUAAGAAGAAACCAUUCCCUCUCUCCCCUAUAUUCAUCUCUGUAGACAAUUGCAUUGCCCUCUCUGCCCCCAAACUACAUACACGCACAAAAUAUAUCACAAUAUAUAUAUAAAUAUACAUUAUUUUGUUUUUAUAUAUAGAGAGCUUGGCGGUUAUCAGAAGUGGUUAGGGUUCUUUUGUUUCUGUUUUCGGGAUCGCUUUUUAGGGUAACUGCCUGUAUCUUCUCGUCCAAAAUCAAAUUAGCUCCAAUUUCCUUUUUUCUGAGAUUAGGUUUCAAUUCUGAAGUCUCAAUUUUCAAUCGUUUCUGGCCCUAUAUACAAAUUGCGGUUACAUUUACAUAUUGCUCCUUUUUUUUCUUGGUAAUACUGGUUCGGCUUGCGGCGUUUGAUUCUACAAACCCUAAUUGUUGAGGCGACUCGUGUUUUUCUAGGGUUUUUGGGGCAAUUGCUCCAACUUUGUUGAUUGCGCUUUUGGUUGUGGUUUGGGAUUUUGGUGUUUAGAGGGACUGCUUGACUGUUAUUUUGUGGUUUUUCUUGUUUAUCUCUCUGUCCGGUUUUUCCUUGUUCCGGUUGUUGCGUGGCAAGGACAUGGAGGGUUGAAAGGUGGGUUGCGGGAUUGGGGAAUCCAUCUUUUUUUUGUUGAAAGAUGGAGAGCUAGGGGAAAAUUUUUAAAGUUGAUUCAAUGCCACUUUGCUUUUGGUAGAAACUGGAUGAUACCCCAUUUUGGUUUUGUUACUGGAGGAUUCUGAGAAUUGCAUAGAGGUUGAGGUUGAUAGAAGCGCCUGCCAUUGCGGGGAUUGUUAUUUUCUACUGUUAUUGGAUGAGAGAGAGAGAGAGAGAGUAAAACAUUAUAAGGGAGCUAAUUGGGGAUGGUAGAUUGGUUUGCUGUGUUACUGGAUGCUUAUUGAGAAAGCUGGGCGUGGUUUUGGAUUAGAGGUUUUCUGGUUUUCUGUUAACGUGUAGGUUUCCUUUCGGUGCAUAGAAGGUGAUAUAGGAAUUUCUUUUCGGACAAAAGUUUGGUGGAGAAAACAGUGUUGGGAGACUAUAGUUUAUUGCCUACAUAGUUUAUUUUCAUUCUGAAUAUGGUCAGAACUGAUGGAAAGAAGUGAACCUGCAUUAGUUCCAGAAUGGUUGAGAUGUACAGGAAAUGUUGGUGGUGGCAGCCCUUCAAGCCACCAUUUUUCAUCUUCUUCUUUGCACUCAGAUGUUUCUUCGUCCUCAGCAUGGAAUAGAUGUUCUAGAAGCAACAGUGAUAAGGAUAGUCAGCGGUCUCCUUUUCUGGAACGUAAUCAUUCAUCUAAUUGUAGGCGUAGUUCAGGAAAUAAUGGUUCUGCAAAGCAUCCAUACAGCAGUUUUAAUAGAAGUCACCGGGAUAGAAACCGUGAAAAAGAUAAAGACAGGUCCACUGUUGGGGAUUUCUGGGAUCGAGAUUCUUCUGAUCCUUUGGAGAGUAUUUUAACAAGUGUUGAAAAGAGUUCCUUGAGACGCUCUCAGUCAUUAGUGUCCAGGAGAACAGUUGAAUUGUUACCCCGUAAGUCAGAGGAAUUGAAAAAUGGCAUGAACCUGAAUCAGUAUAUUGCAAAUGGCAGUCAUCUGGGGGGAAGUAAUAUAAGCGGUGUUCAUAAGGUUGCAUUCGAAAAGGAUUUUCCUUCUCUUGGAAAUGAAGAAAAGCAGGGAGGAUCUAGUAUUGGGAGGCUAUCUUCACCUGCUCUUAGUACAGCUGUUCAGAGUCUUCCUGUAGUUAACUCAGGGUUGCUUGGUGGUGAGAAAUGGACUUCUGCCUUGGCGGAGGUGCCCUCUGUAAUUGGCAGCAACAGCAUUGGGAACUUAAGUGCUCAGCAAAGUGCUAUUGCAACUCCGUCUGCUUCUUCAACUGCAAUGGCUGGCCUUAACAUGGCUGAGGCGUUAUCACAGGCUCCACCGCGUGCACGCCUCACUCCCCAAGUACCUGAUAAGACACAGAGGUUAGAAGAAUUAGCCAUAAAGCAGUCUCGGCAACUAAUUCCUAUGACACCAUCGAUGCCCAAAGCCUUGGUUUCCAGUUCUUCAGACAAAUCAAAGCAACCAAAAGCUGCAGCAAGAGUAAAUGAGAUGGUCGUUACUCCUAGGAAUAUGCAGCAACAGCAGCAGCAACCAAUCUAUUCACCUCAACUUCCUAAUCAAUCUCGUGCUGGCCAAGUCAGGUCUGAUGCUUCAAAUGCCUCUCAUGCUGGAAAGUUUCUGGUUCUGAAGGCUGCAAAGGAGAAUGGUGCCAACUCUAAUGCUAAGGACGCUUCUAGUCCAACUAACAAUUCCAUUAGAAAGGUGGCAGUAAGCCAGAUUCCACUAUCUGCAAUAACUCCAAUUGCUCUGACAAGCCCUACUAAUCCAAAGGCUUCCACUCUUGACAAGAAGGCAGCUGCAUUGUCUCUGAAUUCGAGACCUACCGCAGAGAAGAAAUUUUCCUUGUCUCAAGCACAGAGUAGGAGUGAUUUUUUUAACCUCAUGAGGAAGAAGACCUUGCGUAAUACUUCUUCUGCCAUCUCGGAUUCAGUUUCUGUCAUUUCAUCUCCUUGUGCUGUUAAGUCUGAGGAAAAUAGUACAGAAGCUAAUAGUGCUCCAAUAAGUCCUCUUGUUAAUGAGAAUGGGAGUCAGAUGAUCACUGACGGUGAUAGUCACAGCUCUGGUGAUCAGGUGCAAAGUUUUGUGGAUGCUGGAGAGAGAAAUUUGUAUCUUAAUGGAGCACUCUAUCCAGAUGAAGAAGAGGCUGCAUUCCUUCGUUCACUUGGGUGGGAGGAAAAUGGGGAAGAUGUGGAAAUUACAGACGAGGAGAUCGUUGCCUUUUAUGAGGAGUACCAGAAAUUCGUGCCAUCUUUAAAAGUUUGGAGAGGCAUUCAGCCAAAAUGCUCGAUGCUGUCUGAAUCUCACUCUUCUAACUCAGUUGCUGCCUCUUCUGAAUCUGGCUCUGUUGCUUCAGAAUAUGAAGCUUGAGAUGUUGAUUUCCCACAUUCAGGAUUUUGGGAAAUCAUUUUUGAUGAAAAAGGUUCCUUCAUUUUUUCCAUCUCUUUAUUUGGAAAGAGAGCUAAAUACGGUGAGUUAAAGGAUGACUAUGUUUUGAAGUCUGCAGCUUGGAGUAUAGUACAAUAAAAACCACCAACAGUAGGUCCUUUUAGCUGGCUUUGUCAUGGUUUGAAGGUUGCUUCUUGAAAAGAUCGUAGGUUAGGAAACAUGUUAUGCAGCUGAUGAUGCCAGGAAAGUAGGUUUUUUUUUUUUUUCCCAUCCUCUUUUCCCUUCUUUUUGCCGUCAAAAGAUCAAUUGGAAAGUUUACAGUGUUUUCGUCAAUUUACAAGAAAAAAAUUGGAUAGUUCAUUGAA